CACAUUUCCUUUGGAUUUAGUGCAAAGUAAUUCAUUUUUGACGGUCGGUCGUAGCACAUUUUGAACAUGGCUUCUAGACAUUUGGUUGCUUCAAUUUUGGUCCUAGCCCUGUUUGAAUAUUGUGACGCCGGUGGACACGGAGGAGGACACAAAAAGGUGAUCAUACACGUUCCAUAUAAUGUCAAAACAAUCCACCACACGCAUACAGUCUACAAGCACGCAGGAGGCGGUGGAGGCGGUGGUGGUGGUGGCUACAAAGUAAUCGGCUAUUCCGGAGAUGGCGACGUCAGCGUAGGCCAUGGUUACGAAAGUCACGGAGGUGAAGGAAUACCCGCCGGAGGCUUCAGCAUCGGAGGAGAUCAUGGAUACUGGCACGGAGGUGCAGACGGUGGACAUUCUGAAGGCCUAUCGCUAGGAGGGCACGACUGGAGUGGCGGUGUGGAAGGAAAAUUCGAAGCAGGCAUAGGAGGAGGUGAUCUUGGUGGUCUGGAACACGGAGGCGGCGGAGCCGAUCUGGCCAGUCUCGGAGGUCACGGCGGUGGCGAUCUCGGUGGUCUUGGAAGUUACGGAGGUGGAGGUGACAUAGGAGGCUAUGGUGGAGAUGCCGGCGGGCUGGAGAGUUACGGAGGUGGACAUGACAUCGGUGGAGACAUUAAAGAAUACGGAAAUUCGAUAUCGGAUGGCGGGUCAAUAGGCGGUUACGGAGGCGGCUACGGUGGUGGUGGCGAAGGAGGUCAUAGUGGCUACGACUAAUUCUCUCACAAGACUAAGACUUUGUUACCUGCAUUAUUAUUUCCUCACUAGUCUGUUACAUUGUAUAGUUAGCUCUAAGUUAUUUUAUUGUUCUAAUAUAAGUUUUGUACUGUUUUUGUUAAUAAAAUAUUAAAAUAUAAAAUGUUUUACCUUAAAUACUGUAGUGUUAAGUUUCAAAGACUAAAGAAAAUAUAAAUACACUUUUAUUUAUAUUGUUCUUUACUAUAUA